AUGAUUUGUCAACUCUAAUCCAUUCUAUUUGUCACGAGAAGAGAACAUUUUUUAUAAGUUCAGGUAACGAAUGCUGGAAUUAAGAACCAAAGACUAUGAGUUGGGUGUCGGAUUAUAAAUAUACAUGGCUUCAAACACUGGCUAUGAAUGUAAUAAAACAUGGAUAUCGGUUACCACGUCACAUUGCAUUUGUGAUGGACGGCAAUCGUCGAUAUGCAAAUUCACAACAUAUUCGUAAGAUCGAAGGUCACUCUAAAGGAUUUGAUAAGUUAGCAGAUUGUUUACGUUGGUGUCUUGAUAUUGGCAUUCGGGAAGUUACCACUUUUGCUUUUAGUAUAGAAAAUUUUAAACGAUCCGAGGAGGAAGUCACCGGCCUUUUGGACUUGGCUCGAGAAAAGUUCUCAAAACUUUUACUGGAAGGUCCAAAACUUAAGGAGCAUGGAGUACGGAUUAGGGUCAUUGGGAAUAUCUCACUUUUACCAGAUGAUCUACAAAAGCUAAUAUCACAAACAAUGUUGGAAACCGAGACUAAUGACAAGUUAUUCUUAAAUGUUGCAUUUUCCUAUACUUCUCGCGACGAAAUUACGCAUUCCAUAGAGGAGAUUCUCCGUCAUGGCGAUGGAAUGCACGAAGAUGAUAUAAGUGAGCGUCUAAUGGACGAAUGCCUGUACAGCCGACAUUCACCUCCACCAGAUCUACUGUUUCGAACUUCUGGUGAAACUAGAAUUAGCGAUUUCUUGAUGUGGCAGCUGAGUUCGACAGUUUUGUACUUUACCAAAAUCCUUUGGCCAGAAAUUACAAUAUGGAACUUUUUAGCUGGAAUAUUUACUUACCAACGAGACAGUCUACAUAUGAGCUCCUUUAAAACACAAGAACGACUAAAGCGGGCUGCAGUAUCGAGAAAUUCAAAUUUUUAUGCUGAACACGUUCAAAACUUUUUACAUCGCCUAGAUAUAUACAGAAGAGAUAUACUUUUGAAAUGGUCCUAUUUGUGAUAUACUCCGCAUUGAAAAUUUGUACAUUUGUAUUUUUUUCUAAUGAAUUGAUAAUACUGUGAAAAUUUGGUUUCUAUUUGACAUAAUGUAGCGCCAUUACAUGUAUCUACAUUCCGCAAUAAAUGCCUAAUUAUCAAAUUUGGUAAA